AUGAUCCUUCCUAGACCGCCAUCGCCCAUCGUCCAUCGUCGUGGCUGCUCAACUCAACUGCGGCGACCUGGUACGCCCCCCACCCUGCUCCCUCUCUGCUCCCUCUCUGCUCCCUCUCUGCUCCCUCUCUGCUCCCUCGCUGCUCCCUCUCUGCUCCCCGCCCCGCUGCUCCCCUCUUCUCCCCUCUUCCCCGUUUCCCACAUCGCCACCACUCCUCGCUUCCGUCUCGCGCACUGCCUCACUCUCAGCCUAUCAACCCCCACUCUUGUUUUCACAUCUGCACCUACUGUUCUCACAUCUUCCCUCGUGCAAUGUGCAGUGCGUGGGAACGGAUCACUGCGUGAAGCCCAGUCAGAUGUGCAGUGCGUGGGAACGGAGUACUGCGUGAAGCCCAGUCAGAUGUGCGACGGCAUCAUGCAGUGCCCGGGCGCGAUAGACGAGUCCCCCGGCUUCUGUCUCGACUACCGCAGCUCAAACUGCAACGAGGAUCAGGUCAAGUGCACCGCCACCACCGCGUGCAUCAAGGGGUACAUGUGCGACGGCGUGCCGAAUUGCCCCAAGGUGAAAAACGCCAGCGGAGUGCUGAUAGCUCCGGACGAGGACUCCAGGUAUUGCGUGGCAUACGAGUGCCUGGACGGGUUUCAGAAGUGCGGCGACGGAAUGCAGUGUGUGCGCCUCGAGGCUUUCUGCGACGGCAAGAAGGACUGCCUCGAUGGGGCCGAUGAGUCCCUCCCUUACCGCUCUAACAUUCCCCGCCCGACACGCGCGACUGCUCUGCCCACACUCGCUGCUCUGCCCACACUCGCUUCUCUGCCCACACUCGCUGCUCUGCCCACACUCGCUGCUCUGCCCACACUCGCCGCUCGUUCCGGCUUGCAAUUAGCAUGGUUUGUCUGGCCAUUGACUUGCCUCCGUAGGUGUGCAGCAAAGUCAUUCGCUCUCCUCAUCCUCCUCACCCUCCUCACCCUCCUCAUCCUUCUCACCCACAAGCUUUUGAGGCGCCUCAAGAGUCGUUCCCUCUCCUCGACUUCCUCACCCUCAAAGCUCCCCUUCCCUUCACCCGUCCCUUUCCCCGUCCCGUCCGCCAUCCCUUCCACCAUCCCGCCCGCUGUCCCCCUCUUUCCCACUCAGGUGGAGUGCGUGGGAACGGACUAUUGCGUGAAGCCGACUCAAGUGUGCGACGGCAUCAUGCAGUGCCCGGGCGCCAUCGACGAGUCCCCCGGCUUCUGUCUUGACUACCGCAGCUCCAACUGCCAGAUAGACCAACUCAAGUGCACAGCCACCUCUGCCUGCAUCAAGGGCUACAUGUGCGACAACGUGCCGAAUUGCCCGAAAGUCAGGAAUGCGAGUGGAGUGCUGGUGGUACCAGAUGAGGACCCCAAGUACUGCGCCGCGUACUCGUGUUUGGACGGGUUCCAGAAGUGCGGCGAUGGGAAGCAGUGCGUGCGCUACGAGGCUUUCUGCAACGGCAAAAAGGACUGCCUCGCCGGCAAUCAAACACGCCCGCUCGCUUCUGCCCUCUCUCUCUCUCCCCCUCUACCUCUACCUCUGUCGGUUUCUCCCUCCUUCCUCAUCCUUCCCCUCUCUUGCUCUCUCUUCGUCUCCCUCGCCCUUCACCUCUUGCCCUUCACCUCUUGCCCUUCACCUCUUGCCCUUCACCUCUUGCCCUUCACCUCUUGCCCUUCACCUCUUGCCCUUCACCUCUCUCGCCCUUCACCUCUUGCCCUUCACCUCUUGCCCUUCACCUCUUGCCCUUCACCUCUUGCCCUUCACCUCUUGCCCUUCACCUCUCUCGCCCUUCACCUCUUGCCCUUCACCUCUCUCGCCCUUCACCUCUUGCCCUUCACCUCUUGCCCUUCACCUCUUGCCCUUCACCUCUCUCGCCCUUCACCUCUUGCCCUUCACCUCUCGUCAUUUAUCUCUCGCCCUUCACCUCUUGCCCUUCACCUCUCGCCCUUCACCUCUCUUGCCCUUCACCUCUCGCCCUUUAUCUCUUGCCCAUCCACGUCCUCUCAUUCCCUUCGCGUCCCACCAGAUGGGACCGAUGAGGUCGACUGUGCUUACCCCAACACGGGCAGCUCGGGCAGCACCGGAACAACUGGCAGCAGCAGCAGCACUGGCACCACUGGCACCACGGGCAGCACGGGAAACUUUGGCAGCACAGGCCCUUCAGGAGGCAGCUCGAGCGUGCAGCAGCUGACUGCGCAGUACCAGGCAGCAAUCACUGCUCAGAGCAAGGCCAAAAAGGCCAGAGAUGCCACGAAUGCCAAGGCAGGGCGGCUGGAGAAGGAAGCGAACGCUGCUGGGCUCCAAGCAGACAAGUUGCAGCGGAAGGCAGACGCUGCCGUGGCUUUAGCUAAGAAGAGAACAGAGGCUGCUAGGCAGGCUGGUGAGGAUGCUGCGGCGAAACAGGCCGCUGCUGCUGCUGCUGAAAUGGACGCUGCCAGCAAGAAGCAGGCGUAUGAGAGCGCGAAAGGCACGGCGAGUAAGCUGCGAGCGCAGCUGAAGGAGAUGGGCAAGGCGCAGAAGAAGACCGGGGGCUCGAAGGCACCGGGCUCGAAGGCACCGGGCUCCGUUUGA